GCCGAUCGCAAUCGCAAGCCCAUCUGCCCAGACCGAGCGAUGGGUCAAGGUUGGAGCAAGCAGCCGGGGCCGUCCAGGAGGGCACAGCCUUCUCGCUGCAUCAGAACCCCAAGGCCCGCCCCCAUCAGAGCACCGGGCUCGUGCAGAACGCUGUUGAUCCGGCACCUCGCUGCCCCUCCUCCACCGCUUUCCGCAUCGGCGCCCUUCUUCCUGGUCGCUCGUCGUCUCGCUCCUCCAUCUCACUUGCUUCUGCAUUCAGGCUCCGGUGGUCUUACACUUGCAUUGUUUCUUUGUCUCGUCAAGCCGCUGGUCUGCCUCGUAAGCCAUCCGGUCUCGGCCAUUGCACCUCGUCCUCCAAGCAGUCCCAGAGCCCGACAACCAACCAGCCAACCACUUGGCAACUGGAACCCAGCCACCCAAGUACCCAACCUCCCAACCACCCAAGUACCCAACCUCCCAACCACCCACCACUCCGUCCCAAUGAGCUCGCCUGGUCGUCCAAAGUCCAUGUGGUCUGGGCCGGCCUACAAGCCCAUCAAUCAAGUCGAUGUUGCCCCGGUCCAGCCCAGUCUCCGCAAGUCCAAGAGCCAGGCCGAUCUGCAGUCCAGGACCACCGCCACCGAGCCCAUUCACAUCAUUGGCUUCCCGACCAAUGUCGGCAAUCCCGCUCGGCGACACCACCAGCACCACCAGCACCACCAGCACCACCAGCACCACCAGAUAUCGCCCACUCGGUCAGACCACGAGCAGCCGCGAAGCUCGUUUGCCAGUGCCUACUCCAAGACCGCGACCGACUCGGCCCGACCCGAGCAUCAGGACUUCAGCCCAGAUGGCUUCCGCAGAGUCCAGGUCUCGGCUCGGCCCGGUAGUUCGCCAUCGUCGCCCAGCUCCAUUCGCCGCAAGUUCAGUCUGGAUCCGAAUACAGCGGCCUUGGGUCCCGGCACCGCGCUCUCCAACGGGCUCUCCCACAGCAUCCAGCUCAACAAGACCCAGCCCACAGAGGAGACCCUGCGGGUUAUCCAAUCGCUCCAGGUCAAGCGCAAGGAUAGUCUACCGAACUUUGGGCCCACCAGCCCGCAGAGCCACUACGGCAGUCCGCUUCCGUCUCCCGAGCGGACCAAGGCCGAGGUUCUGCCGGCGCCAGAAGCCAAAAGCACUCCUCCGUCCUCGCCGGCUCUGCGUCCGAUGGGGCGAAGUACCUCGCAGCCUUCGCUCACCAACCGGCUCAGGGAAAACUCGGUAACUGGGAUUCAUGAGCUCGUCAGUGCCCAAAUCCCCCGCUCGGUCCUGAACCCAAUGCCCCAGCCCCUCGUGGUGAGCAAUCGACUGGUGCACACCAAAACCUCGACCAGCCUGGUGGCCCAUGCCAGCAGCAGCUGGGAGUCUCGCAUCGGCACCAUCAACUGGCAUCGGCUCGUCAUCCAGAUCGCCUCGGAGUGGCUGACCAAGGUCGAGUCGGAUCUGUACUGGAAGUUGGCUUUCCGGCGGCUGCCUGUCAACAAGUACCUGCCAAGCGAGACCGAGCGGCUCUGUCCGGCCUGCGGCGAAGAAAACGAAACGAUCGAGCACUUUUUGAUCGGAUGUCGCCGAAGCCGGACCUUUUGGAGUCUGUUCGAGAGCUUCCUCUUUGCAGCCCUGAACAUGGAUGAGCAGCCCAUCGGACUCCGCGAGCUGGUCUUUGCAUUCCCAGAGCUCUACCCCACGCUUACGCUGCCGCAGCAGUAUCUUCUCACAGUCCUGCACGCCGCGGGUUUGUCGGCGUUGUGGACCAGCCGGACCUUGGCCUCAAAGGAGCACCAGGCCCGAUGGGAUACUUUUGUACGCCACGUUCAUGAGCGCAUAGCCUACGAUCGCUCGACCCUGAGUCCGAAUGAGUUUGCGAUCCUGUGGAACGACACCAUCAAAAUCCUGGAGAAGCUGGACCGUCGCUGAGCCCUGCCGCUUUGGUCGUCGAAAGCAUCCAUCCGUCUCUUUCCUCCAUUUCGAUCUCUCUCUCUCUCUCUCUCUCCCAGACACAACCAA